AAGUGGUUUUGUUUUAUUUUUAAGCAGAUGAUGGUGGCGCUACCCCAGUGCAGGAUGAACGGGACUCAGGGUCAGACGUUGAGGAGGAUGUAAAUGAGCAGCACUCUGGAUCAGACACGGGAAGUGUAGACCGUCACUCAGAGAAUGAACCUAGUGAUCAAGAAGAUGGCCUCAACAAAAGACAUCAUGUGACAGACUCUGAGAAUGAAGACCCUUCGAAUCUUAACGCUAGUGACUCUGAAAGUGAGGAGCUUCAAAGGCGAAAGGACAGCGACUCUGAAUCUGAAGAGCAUGCAGAGCCUCCUGCAAGUGAUUCUGAAAAUGAGGGUGUCGUUCACCAUGGGAGUGAAUCUGAGAGUGAGGAGACCAAGAAAUUGCCUGUUAGUGACUCUGAAAACGAGGAGCUGCUUAAUGGGCAUGCAAGUGACUCAGAGAAUGAAGAUGUUAGAAAGCAUCCUGCCAGUGAUUCAGAGACUGAAGAGCUCCCCAAAAGUCCGGCCAGUGACUCUGAAACAGAGGAUGCUCCAAAACCUGAAAUCAGUGACUCUGAGAGUGAGGAACCUCCAACACACCCAGCCAGUGACUCUGAAAACGAGGGGCUCCCCAAACCUCAAGUUAGUGAUUCGGAAAGCGAGGAGCUUCCUAAACCUCAGAUCAGUGACUCGGAAAGUGAGGAGCCUCCGAGGACUCAGGCCAGUGACUCUGAAAAUGAGGAGCUUCCCAAACCCCGUGUCAGUGACUCGGAAAGUGAGGAUCCCCCAAGGCACCAAGCCAGUGACUCCGAGAACGAGGAGCAUCCCAAACGCCAAAUGAGUGACUCAGAAAGUGAGGACCCGCCAAGGACCCAGGCCAGUGAUUCUGACAAUGAAGAGCUUCCCAAACCCCGAGUUAGUGACUCUGAGAGUGAGGAGCCUCAGAAGGGACCUGCCAGUGAUUCCGACACGGAGGAGGCGUCCAGACACAAGCCGAAGCCAGCGUCAGAUGACAGCGAUGGGGAGAAUAAGGGGGAGGAGACCGAAAUGCAGAAUAACUCCUGCCAUUUAGAUAGCCAUAUAGACAGGAAACGGUUUCACAGUUCUGACAGUGAGGAGGAAAAGCCCAAAAGGCCAAAAAUUGACAGUGAUGAAGAUGAAGAAAAAGAGGGGGAAGAGGAGAAAGCAGCAAAGCGAAAAGCUGCUGUACUUUCUGAUAGUGAAGAAGAGAAAGCAUCAGCAAAGAAGAGUCGUGUUGUCUCUGAUGCAGAGGACUCUGACAGUGAUGUUAUAUCAGACAAAUCGGGCAAAAGAGAGAAGACUACAGCAUCUGACAGUGAAGAAGAAGCAGGGAAAGAAUUAUCUGAUAAGAAAAAUGAAGAGAAGGAUCUGUUUGGGAGUGAUAGUGAGUCGGGGAAUGAAGAAGAAAAUCUCAUUGCAGACAUAUUUGGAGAAUCUGGUGAUGAAGAGGAAGAAGAAUUUACAGGUUUUAACCAAGAAGAUUUGGAAGAAGAAAAAAGUGAAACACAGGUAAAAGAAGCUGAAGAUUCAGAUUCUGAUGAUAACAUAAAGAGAGGAAAACAUAUGGACUUUCUGUCGGAUUUUGAGAUGAUGUUGCAGCGGAAAAAGAGCAUGAGCGGUAAGCGCAGACGUAAUCGUGAUGGUGGUACUUUUAUUAGUGAUGCAGACGAUGUGGUGAGCGCCAUGAUCGUCAAGAUGAAUGAAGCUGCUGAGGAAGACAGACAGUUGAACAAUCAAAAAAAGCCAGCACUGAAAAAAUUAACAUUAUUACCUACUGUGGUUAUGCACCUUAAGAAGCAGGACCUUAAAGAAACAUUUAUUGACAGUGGUGUGAUGUCUGCCAUCAAAGAAUGGCUCUCACCUCUCCCAGACAGGAGUUUGCCAGCACUAAAGAUUCGAGAGGAGCUGUUGAAGAUUCUACAAGAGCUGCCCAGUGUGAGCCAAGAGACCCUGAAGCACAGUGGGAUCGGACGAGCAGUGAUGUAUCUCUACAAACAUCCCAAGGAGUCACGGUCCAACAAGGACAUGGCAGGAAAACUCAUCAAUGAAUGGUCUCGGCCUAUAUUUGGUCUUACCUCAAAUUACAAAGGCAUGACGAGAGAAGAGAGGGAGCAGAGAGACCUAGAGCAAAUGCCUCAGCGACGAAGAAUGAGCAGCACUGGUGGUCAGACACCCCGAAGAGACCUGGAAAAGGUGCUGACAGGAGAGGAGAAGGCCCUCAGACCUGGAGAUCCUGGAUUCUGUGCCCGCGCAAGGGUGCCAAUGCCCUCAAACAAGGACUAUGUUGUCAGGCCCAAGUGGAAUGUGGAAAUGGAGUCGUCCAGGUUUCAGGGGACCUCCAAGAAGGGCAUCAGUCGGCUGGAUAAGCAGAUGAGGAAGUUCACAGACAUCAGGAAAAAAAGCAGAUCUGCACACGCGGUCAAAAUCAGCAUCGAGGGCAACAAAAUGCCUUUGUGACCUUCUUGGCUCCCCAUCCUGCGCCAGGAAAUGCGCAAUGGACUCUGUGGAGAAAGACGAUAUUUUAAAUUUUUUUAGUGUAUCUGUAAAUGGUUCAGCUUGUAUCAAAUAUUGUCCUAGCAUUUGCAUUUCUCUCCGUGUACUUAAAACCAUUGGUGUGGGCUUUGUACAGAGGAAUACUAGUCCCACUUCUAGAGACUUCACAAUAAAAUCCAGUCUGGUUUUGGGAAA